CUUGCAUUAAGAGUUUUCACAAUCAGAGCUCACUGCGCUGCACAACCUGAGCAUACUCUGAUUCCUUGGAGGCGCCAAGACCAAUCUCGUCGCUGCACCUUUCCGAGGUCACCAAGAGUUUAUUACACCGUAAAAAUGGUCUAUGGAGCAGUGUCUGGCAAUCAGACGCGGAGAUAUCCGCAUGUCAAGGAGCACUAUCAAACGACGAAGGAACACUUCCAUGAUUCGCCCAACGCCAAAGAGCCAAACAAGACCUCAACCUUUGGGCUGCUGUACAACAACAGCACCCACUUCAUGGACCGGCGGCUUGACCCGAAGCCAGUCUCGCGAAGCUCCAUGGUAGGCGGCGGCGCCACGACCCUAAAAUUUGGCCAGGGCGAGAGUAAGCCGAUCACGUGGUCGGGACGCCUGCCGGAGUCCUCAUACCGCGGCAACGGCACGUUCGAGCUGGCCAACGGUCUCACGUACAGCUACCGCAGCCACAAGCCGGUGAAGCUGGUGCCGUACGCAUCCCUCACAAAGUCGGAGUAUCAGGCCAACUACAACCGCACCGCGCAGGCCUCGGAGCAUCCGCGCUGGGUGACCAUGCGCGCCCCGUACAGCGUAGACUACAAGACAACUGGCCGCUUCAAUGGCACCGGUGGAUACUAGCUGAGAUCGGCCGGGGCAGGGUCAGUUUCAGGACUUUGUUUGGCCGCUAGGUGAGGUGACGUGAAGGCACCAGACGGCAGCAGGGUGUACGGAGGCGCAGGACUCGCAAGAACGACUUACCUCGGCCAAUAGAGAGUAGGUUCCAUAGGCAGGAAGGCUGUAGGGUAGGUAUUCAUGGUGGCGCCGCGAGCCGAAUGAGGCACGCGCACGGUAGGCACGCAGGCGUGUUGUGUUGCCUCCCAGUGUCACCGUCAGACAGAUGCAGGAGACUCGGUAAGCCAGCGGUUGGCUCUGCAGGUAGGACAGGCGUUGCUAAUGAAGCGAAUGUAGAGGAAGCUGGAGCAUUGGACCUACCGUAUAUGUGGCAAUGCGGGUAAUGAUUACUGAGCGGAGAGCUGAGUGAAGCAAUUCGCCCUGUACUGUUGUACAUACCAUAUCAUGUCAAUUCGGGUGAUGCGUAUGGUGUCAUGUGGUUCCUGACGCUGCUAGUAGUAGGGACCCGGCUCGAUUCAAGAGUGGCCUGUGCAUGAAUAGAUGGCGACUGAGCGUAUGUGGCCGAAGCCGGGAACUGACUCUGGCAUGGGUGUGGUGCAGUGGUGGCUCCAAGGCUGGCCUUCCAGGUGACUACAUGGCUACGCGGCCUGCACCCCAGACAAGUUGUAAAACUUGUUGACG